ACAUGCACGUCGACAGGCGCAUUUUUAUUGGCGAUGCUUAUAUCUACCGUACUGUCAGAUGACUCUGUUGUCGUCACCACCACGGAAGGAAAAGUGCGUGGCCUAUGUGAAAGUAUUCUUGGAAGAGACGUAGACAUAUUCCUCGGAAUUCCGUACGCUGCGCCACCCGUCGGAGAACAUCGGUUCCUCAAGCCUGAACCGGUAUCACCGUGGGAAGGUGUUUACGACGCCACGGCCUUCAAAGAUUCCUGCAUGCAACCGAGAGUCCCCUGGGUUUUCGAUAUACCGACAGCUCUCUCUGAAGACUGCCUGCACCUAAACGUGUGGACGCCACAAGCGUCAGACGCGACGAAGCUCCCGGUCCUAGUGUGGUUUUACGGCGGAAUAUUCAAACUAGGCUCGGCGUAUGAGACCAGGUACAACGCUGCGCCCUUGGUCGCACUCAACGAUGUGGUCGUUGUGUCCUGUAAUUUUCGCUCGGGAAUGUUCGGCUUUCUCGACGCGAACAACGAAGGGGCACCUGGAAACGUCGGCCUCUGGGAUCAGGCGAUGGUGAUGAAAUGGGUUCAGCGAAACAUCAGAGCCUUUGGCGGAGAUCCGCAACUCAUCACGCUAUUUGGCGAGAGCUCGGGGUCUAUGGCCAUUCACUUGCAUCUCAUGUCACCCUUUAGCGCCGGUCUCUUUCGUCGCGCGUUCUUUAUGAGCGGUACUGAGAGCACUGACGUGGACCUCAACUCUGUCGACGAAAGUAUUAACACUGCCAAUGCUGUCGCCGAAGUGCUCGGAUGUGCGAAUCCUCUGCAGGACCUAACCGCUGAUCCAGAUCACGUGCUCCAGUGCCUCCGGAAGUCGUCGGCCAGCGACAUCGCUGAAGCCACGGAAAAUGUCACGUCGCCGAACGUGCUUGCAUUUCUGCCAACUUUCAACACCGAAUUUGUGCCGUACCUGCCUUCGAUUGCUACAGAAAAGGGGCUCUUUCGUGUCGUCGAUGCGAUGGGAGCUCCUUCAAGACGACCUGUCGGGGUAUGA